AGGAGCUGCACAAGACUUGAUAGGAAUCAAAUGUUGGGCCACCAUCCCUAUUUUCGCACAAAAUAGUGUGCUGGUUGUCUCCACUCAUUAUGGGAGUUAUACUCGACCAAAUGAGGUGUAUAAGGUGUCCUUGGAUAGCCUUUGAAGUCUAGUAUCUCAAUUGAGUGGUCUUUGUUCGAGGAGAGAGAGCUUAUCUUACCAGAAUCGAGCUGAAGUGAGUGGUGGUCUGUAAACUCGAGCUGUGAGAGUGCUGAGACUGUUUGGUUGAUAUCUCGAGUUAUACCAAUCCAAUUAAGGCGUGUGAGAUACCCAAAGAAAGCUCUCAAGACGAGGAAUCUGUGAAGGUCUGGUUUGCAUCAAUCGGAGUAGUGGAAGGCUUCCAAAUCGUCCGAGCAAAACACAACCUCGCAGAAACGGAUCUACUUUUCUAAAGAAACGAGUUAACCGGAAAACACCCAUUCUAGGGGCUGUUUUCGUAUCAACGAUUAAGGGUUGAACUAGCACUUUGAGGAGGCUGUUUAACACUCAUAUUUGAGCAAGUAAUCAGUUCCAAACCCACCUUGACCAAAGCUUUGACAAUUGGACCAAGAAGGGAAAGUUUAAAGCUCAAUUGAGGUUGAGGCUAGAGCUUGCUUCCUGUGCUCGUUGCCCGAGUGAUUUCCCCGGAGAGAAGACUUGGUUCGUGCUUCCUCCAUUCAGUUUUAGAACAUUAAUAAACAUGCUCAUGGAUAUUUUACUUUAGAGCCUGCGUGCUCAUGUUCGCCCUGUGUGGCCCUUUGUCUUAAACAAUGUUUUCCGCUGCGUAUUGAAUUACUUAUUAUGUAUGUUUAUGGAUGACUUUUGUGUGAAUGAUAUUCAUGACGCCUUGUAUAAUAUGAAUGUGUUGGACUGCGGUUGACUAUUCGUAUUGUACGGCGGGUUGUUGACGUGUCCGGGGAGGUCCGGGGCGUGACAAUUAAGUUGGUAUCAGAGCCUUAGUCCAUAAACUUCAUAAUGAAGUCUCAAAAUUCUCUUUUUGAAAAGAUUUUGAAAACCAUGAGCAUAGAAGUUUUGUACUUGGAGAGCUUUUGGUACUUGGGUCGCAAGGUCUCUAAUUGUUAAGAUGGUACCCUUAGCAAUUGGUAUGGCGGUGACUCGAGCCAAAAUGUGUCUUAAGUACCUAUCCGUCAAUUGACAUUUGAUACGAGUCUAACGACUCUUUCCAAAUUUCUUUCAGAAAUGGACCGUGGUGGCAGGAUUACUAGGAGGAACCCGACGGGCCGUGUACCAGUGGAGACUGGACAGGGCAGUCGAAGGACCUCUAGGGCAUCUAGAGGAGCUGGCCGUGGAGGCCGAUCACAGACCGUGAGUGACGGUCAUGUUGACACAGAAAGUGAGACCUACUGGUCCUAUGAGGACUCGACUUACCAACCGGAGACAGAGCCGGUUGAGACCCCUUAUGAAGGGGAUGAUGACGAUGUAAGUGAUGAGGAGGGAAAUGGCUCCUUAGCACGGAUCGAAGCACUACUCCAACAAUACCACCGGGAGCGUGAAGAGAGGAGGCAACGCCGAAGACGCCGAGUGGGGCAACCUUCGGGCAUGGCUUCAAGAGGAGGGAGUCAUGGUGCAUCUAGAGUCCAUGUGGAACCACAUGGAGGCCAAAGUGAUGGAGGUCCAACCAUAAGGAUCUCCAAAUUUAUCAAAGAAGCAAGAGAUUUGGGGUGCAAACCCUUUGAUGGAGCAGGGGACAUUUCAGUCGCAGCACAAUGGAUCAAGAGGCUAAAUGAAGCAGCCCUUGACAUGCAAAUCGCGCCGAAUCUCAAACUGAGAAUUGCGGUAAGAUUGCUCGAGGGGAUGGCAUCCAAGUGGUGGGAUGGAACCAAGAGCAAGUACGGUGAGACCGUCGUUUGGGAGGACUUCCAACGGGAGUUCUUUGCCCAAUAUUAUUCUGAUUUUGAAGUGAACAAGAAGGUGAGGGAAUACACCCUCCUAACCCAAGGGGGUAACAUGACAGUGAAGGAACUUGAGUACAAGUUCCGGGAUCUCGCCGACUACAUACCGGAGUAUGCUUGUGACGAGAACCGAAUGGUAAACCACUUUUGGGAUGCUCUUGACUUGGAGAUACGUGAUAGGGCAACACAAUUGCCUAAUAUGACCUUCGCCCAAGUGGUUGACCAAGCGUUGAAGGGGGAGAAACAGUGGGAGGAGAGGAAGAAGAAAUACGCCGAGGAGGCGAAAAAGAGAAAAUGGGAGAGUCAUGGCUCCCAAGGUUCCAACAAAAAGGGGAACCAUGGAGGAGGAUCUUUCCGGGCACCGCCGCCACCGUCUAGGGGGAACCAAGGCCCGAGUGGGCAAGGCUCGAGGUCACAAACCUCGGUGGUAACUCGUUGCAACAAUUGCAAGAGGAACCACUCCGGUAAAUGUCGCGACCCCCCUAGAUGUUUUCAAUGUGGGGAUGCCGGGCAUUUGAAGGCGCAUUGCCCACAAUUGGGUGGGGCAAGGACAUCGGGACCGAGCAGUGGCCCGACGGGUACACGGAAUCAAACCGGAGCUUCUCAAGCGAGCCGGGGACAUGGGGGAGCGAGUACGAGCAACGCGCCAUCUGUGAAUCAAGGAAGAACUCAAGCUAGAGUUUAUGCGAUGACGGAGGCAGAUGCUCGAGCUAACCCGGACUCGGUUGCAGGAACAUUAAAGAUUAAUGGGAAGGAUGCACGAAUCCUUAUCGAUACCGGAGCGCAACGUUCGUUCGUGAGUGAGGCGUUCGCCGAGGACUUAGGGGUACAAUCAACACCAAUGACGCACACAUUAGUGGUAUCAACACCACUAGGGGAUGACGUUGAAAGAACUAGUUAUUAUCCAUCUUGUGAGGUGGAAAUUGAUGGCCAAACCUUGACGUGUGAUUUCGUACCGCUGAGUAUGAUGGAGUUCGAUGCAAUCCUAGGGAUGGAUUGGCUAGAAAAGCAUCAUGCUAGGGUAGAUUGCUACACAAAGGUUUUGGAACUCGAAGGCAAUAAUGGGGACACCCUACGCUUCGAGGGGGAUCGAGGCAAAUCAAACAGUUGUAUUAUUUCCGCCGUGAGAGCGAGAAGUAUGAUGAGAAAGGGAUGUCACGCAUAUCUAGCAUACGUGAUUGACAAAACCAAGGAGGAAACGAACAUUGACGACGUGAGGGUGGUUUGUAAGUACCCGGAUGUCUUCCCUAAAGACCUACCGGGGCUUCCACCUGAUAGGGAGAUUGAAUUUGUGAUCGAGGUCGAGCCCGGCACCAAACCAAUCUCCAUACCGCCAUACCGUAUGGCACCCGCUGAACUUAACGAGUUGAAAACCCAAUUGCAAGAGCUUUUGGAUAAUGGUUUCAUUAGACCAAGCCACUCCCCGUGGGGAGCACCAGUUCUUUUUGUGAAGAAGAAAGAUGGGACACUUCGAAUGUGUAUUGACUAUCGUCAACUGAACAAGGUCACAAUCAAGAAUAGGUAUCCUUUGCCUAGAAUUGAUGACUUGUUUGAUCAAUUACGAGGGGCAACCGUGUUUUCAAAGAUUGAUUUGAGGUCGGGUUACCAUCAAUUGAAGAUUAAGGAAGACGACAUACCAAAAAGUGCUUUCCGCACAAGGUAUGGGCAUUUUGAGUUCCUUGUUAUGUCGUUUGGGUUAACAAACGCCCCAGCGGCAUUCAUGGACUUGAUGAACCGAGUAUUCCAUAAAUACUUGGAUCGAUUCGUGAUUGUGUUCAUAGAUGACAUUUUGAUUUACUCAAAGAGUGAGGAAGAGCAUGAAGAACACUUGAUACUCGUUCUUGAGACACUACGGGAGAAGCAACUUUAUGCCAAAUUUUCUAAAUGUGAAUUUUGGCUAAAGGAGAUUGGCUUCCUCGGGCACGUGGUUUCUGGAUCGGGAAUUGCUGUUGAUAACAAGAAGAUAGAAGCCAUUACCGAAUGGGAGAGGCCAAAGAACGUCAAGGAAAUUCGUAGUUUCCUUGGAUUGGCAGGCUACUACAGGAAGUUCGUGGAGAAGUUCUCUGUUUUGGCAUCACCAUUGACGAAGCUCACUCGUAAAGGAGCUAAGUUUGUAUGGGACGACAAAUGUGAGAAGGGGUUCAUGGAACUAAAGAAACGAUUGACCGAGGCACCGGUACUUGCAUUACCCAAACAGGGUGUGGGGUACGAUGUCUAUAGCGAUGCGAGCAUCCAAGGGCUUGGGUGUGUACUGAUGCAGAAUGGGAGGGUAAUCGCCUAUGCUUCACGACAGUUGAAGAAGCAUGAGGUGAAUUAUCCUACUCAUGAUUUGGAGCUGGGGGCAGUGGUGUUUGCACUGAAGAUAUGGAGACAUUAUCUCUACGGGAAGACAUGUCACAUAUACACUGAUCACAAGAGCUUGAAGUAUGUGUUUACUCAGAAAGAGCUAAACAUGAGACAGAGACGGUGGAUGGAGUUGAUAAAAGACUACCAUCUGGUGAUAGAGUAUCACCCAGGCAAGGCUAACGUGGUGGCAGAUGCUUUGAGCCGGAAAAGCUCGUCUGGGGCAUUGCUAGCUAAUUUGAGGGCAUUAAGAGCCCAACUGGAGGUAUCCAGCGAGGGUGCCUUAUUGGCACGAUUUGAGGUGAGACCUACUUUACUUGAUGAGAUCAAGAAGGGUCAGGAAACUGACGAAGAAAUUAUGAAGAUCCGGGAACGCAUGCAAGCGGGACCGGUGGAGGACUUCAGAGAAAGAGAUGACGGUCUCUUAUUAUUUCGUGACCGAGUGUGUGUACCGGCAGAUGACGAGCUCCGAAAGUCCAUCUUAGAGGAAGCUCAUUCAUCGGCUUAUGCCAUGCACCCGGGGGGCACGAAGAUGUACCGUGACCUGAAGGAGAGUUACUGGUGGUCAGGUAUGAAGAGAGAAAUAGCCGAAUAUAUCAGUCGAUGCCUUACUUGUCAACAAGUUAAGGCAGAACAUCAGCAUCCAGCAGGCCUAUUGCAACCACUUUCCAUUCCUGAAUGGAAGUGGGAACACGUGACUAUGGAUUUUGUGGUAGGGUUGCCACGGACAAUCAGGAACUAUGAUGCAGUUUGGGUUGUUGUGGAUAGGCUCACGAAGAGUGCACACUUCUUGCCUAUCAACACUACCUACCCACUUGAGCGGUUAGCCAAAUUGUAUACGGAUGAGAUCGUGAGGCUGCAUGGGGUCCCAGUGACCAUUGUAUCUGAUAGAGACCCACGAUUCACAUCACGUUUUUGGCCGAAAUUUCAGGAGUCUAUGGGAACGAGGCUGAAGUUCAGUACUGCGUUCCACCCACAGACGGAUGGGCAGUCUGAAAGAGUCAUACAGAUCUUAGAAGACAUGCUGAGGGCUUGUGCACUGGAGUUUCAAGGAAGUUGGGACAACCACUUAGCACUCGUGGAGUUUGCCUAUAACAACAGUUAUCAGGCAAGCAUCGGCAUGCCUCCAUACGAGGCAUUGUAUGGGAGGAGGUGCCGUACACCGUUAUGCUGGGACGAGGUUGGCAUGGCCAAACUCGAGGGUACUGAGUUGGUUGAGGUCACCAAAUCAAAGGUGAAGUUGAUUCGAGAGAGACUCAAAGCGGCUCAGGAUAGACAAAAGAGUUAUGCAGAUAAGCGUCGAAGAACCUUAGAGUUUAAGGUUGAUGACGAGGUAUUCUUGAAAGUUUCUCCUUGGAAAGGGAUCAUUCGGUUCCAAACCCGAGGAAAACUUAACCCACGAUAUAUAGGUCCAUUCAGAAUUUUAGAGAGGAUUGGGGCCGUUGCAUAUCGUCUACAGUUGACUCCUGAGUUAGAGAAGAUACAUAAUGUGUUUCAUGUAUCCAUGCUUAAGAAGUACGUGCAUGAUCCCUCUCACGUAUUGGAGAAGCCACCUGUAGAGGUACGUGAGGAUUUGAACUACGCUGUUCAACCUAUCAAAGUCACCGAUAGAAAGGUGAAGAAGCUGAGGAGCAAAGAAGUCCCAAUGGUGAAAGUCCUGUGGAAGAGCGAUCGGGUCGAGGAAGAGACAUGGGAAACAGAGGCUUUGAUGAGGAAGCAGUAUGCUUUCCUAUUCGAGUAGAGCUGUGAAUUUCGGGGACGAAAUUCCUGUUAAGGGGGGGUGAACUUGUGACACCGCACCCGAACGUCCUUGAAAAUUCGAUUUAAAAACUUAACAUUUAUGUAUUGAAUUUCCGAUUUGCCAAACGAUUGUAAAGCGAUUAAUGUUCUACGUAGUGCACGAUUGAAUAUCGUACUGUUCAAACUCGUAUGAUAGUGUCGGGUUUGCAAACACUUUUCGGGACUUAUUAAUAAAUAAAAGAGCUCAACAUUUUCUAAAUAAGUGAUCGAAUGAUUAAAAAGAAUACCAAUGCCUACAACCCUAUCUUUGGCAUUUUUGAGCUAAAUAAUGGAAGUAGGAUUUUCCUUCUAUAAUAUCCAUCAAGUAAAUUAUUGGGAUGAGCCUACACAUAUUGGAGAUCAAUAAUGUGAUUUAGGAAGUUGACUUGUUCUAAAUAAAUUAGGAUGAGUACAAAAAGACAUCUUUUGACAAAGAUAAAACAAUAGGACCCAUUUUCCCCAUUUUUGGAAGUAUUGGUAGAUAAUUUGGAUCCCAAAAUGAUUGGGAUCAAUUGGGAACCACUCCACAUGAUAUUAGUACCUGCAAGACAAAUAAAAAUGGGUUAGGAAACUUACCUUGGCCGACCACCAUGGAGAGGAGCUGCACAAGACUUGAUAGGAAUCAAAUGUUGGGCCACCAUCCCUAUUUUCGCACAAAAUGGUGUGCUGGUUGUCUCCACUCAUUAUGGGAGUUAUACUCGACCAAAUGAGGUGUAUAAGGUGUCCUUGGAUAGCCUUUGAAGUCUAGUAUCUCAAUUGAGUGGUCUUUGUUCGAGGAGAGAGAGCUUAUCUUACCAGAAUCGAGCUGAAGUGAGUGGUGGUCUGUAAACUCGAGCUGUGAGAGUGCUGAGACUGUUUGGUUGAUAUCUCGAGUUAUACCAAUCCAAUUAAGGCGUGUGAGAUACCCAAAGAAAGCUCUCAAGACGAGGAAUCUGUGAAGGUCUGGUUUGCAUCAAUCGGAGUAGUGGAAGGCUUCCAAAUCGUCCGAGCAAAACACAACCUCGCAGAAACGGAUCUACUUUUCUAAAGAAACGAGUUAACCGGAAAACACCCAUUCUAGGGGCUGUUUUCGUAUCAACGAUUAAGGGUUGAACUAGCACUUUGAGGAGGCUGUUUAACACUCAUAUUUGAGCAAGUAAUCAGUUCCAAACCCACCUUGACCAAAGCUUUGACAAUUGGACCAAGAAGGGAAAGUUUAAAGCUCAAUUGAGGUUGAGGCUAGAGCUUGCUUCCUGUGCUCGUUGCCCGAGUGAUUUCCCCGGAGAGAAGACUUGGUUCGUGCUUCCUCCAUUCAGUUUUAGAACAUUAAUAAACAUGCUCAUGGAUAUUUUACUUUAGAGCCUGCGUGCUCAUGUUCGCCCUGUGUGGCCCUUUGUCUUAAACAAUGUUUUCCGCUGCGUAUUGAAUUACUUAUUAUGUAUGUUUAUGGAUGACUUUUGUGUGAAUGAUAUUCAUGACGCCUUGUAUAAUAUGAAUGUGUUGGACUGCGGUUGACUAUUCGUAUUGUACGGCGGGUUGUUGACGUG